AUGUGCUUGACUGGAGUCCAAUAUGUUGACAGCAUUCGUGAGGCUCUCGUCCGGAGCUUGGUCUUAGUAGAUAGUCCUUGUCAACACAUAGAUGGCUAUAAUAAACCAGAAAUUGAGCUGCAGAACAGCAAGGAGCUCCUGCUGGACCCCAUCGAAUUGAGAAGGAAUGAGCAGGAAUGUAUAGUCAUCGAGCGGUCCUUGAACUCUGUCCGAGUCAACGUGCAGCUGAAGCGGGUGGGUGACUUGGAAGCGUGGCUGCGAAGCAAGCGCAUCGCCUUUAUUAUGCAGAGAGCCGACUAUAUUGACAUCAUACGCCGCAAGCCUGCCCCUGGAUUCGACAUCUCGUUUCUUGUGACGGCCAGGCACCUGCAGUCCUUUGAUAAGACAGCCCUCAUCAAUUUGAUCACCACUCUCGUCACGGAGCUCGCAUCGGUCAACGACCUGAAACGUUUGAUAAGUUCGCGUGGGCGCGUAUAUUCACUUUCCAUUUCCAGAGCCUUGGCGGCCUGA